AUGACCAAAACCAAGACUACCAAGACCAUCCACAUCUCAAGUUCUAAUGCCAUAUACCCCCAGGAAUGUGAAGCACACGUUUUGGCCAGCACUUUUAGCAAAAUGAACAGAAUGAAUGAGCCAAAUAACAUCUACCUUGACAACAUUCCUCCAGAAAUUCUUUGUCAAAUAUUGGGCCAACUUGAUUUGCAAGAUAUAUGUGCUGUUAGCAAAACAUGCAAACUCCUGAAUGAAAUUGUUGAAACUGACACUUUAUGGAAAAAACACUGUCUGGCUAUUGCAAACGUUUGCCAAUUGGAGAUCGUGCAAGAUGGAAGAGAUGGAUAUACGUGGAAGGAAACUUUCAAGAGAAAUUACCAGAAAAGUAAAGUAAAGCAAGAAUGGCUGGAUGGGAAAUACAGCAACAUACCUUCAUUUUCAGAUCUUCCAAAUAAAAGCAUGUGGACAAUGAAUAAAGAGGACUGGGGAGAAAUAUUAGAAGCCGAACUUAGAAGACCAUAA